AUGGAAGAGCCUCCUGUUGCGAAUGAUAUUAGGGCCACAAGUUUCCAAAUGAAGACAAACGAUAUGUGUAAAAGCCAGCCGAUAGAACAUGAAUUCGACGAACAUCAAACAGCAUCGACUUUUGCCCACUGUGCAUCUAUCGUUUCCCCUAUACCCCAGUUAGACGGCGAAGUAGCAGCAGAAUCUGCAAUUCGUUGA